AUGAGGGCAUCCUUGCUGGCGUGUUCGCUUCUCUCUUUAUUCUCUAUCCCCUCUCUCGCUUCUCCUUCCGACAACGUCCUUGAAUCCAGAAAUGGUCGACUUGUGAAGAGAGCCGACGAUCCCGUCGACCCGGGUACCCUGUCUACUACCUUUAACGGUGUUGAAGUGCCUCCUAUGAAAGAUUUGACGCCUGAUAACUUCGAGGAAACCGUCAAGGACGGCUACUGGUUUAUUAAGCAAUUCUCUCCUGCCUGCCCGCAUUGCCAAAAGAUCGCUCCGGCAUGGCAGACACUCUAUGAAUACUACUAUACUUCGGAUCCUUUGGCCUCGUCCUCUUCGAAACCGUCCGAUACUAAGUCCCUGAACUCCUUCCAUGGCUUCUACAAUUUCCACUUUGCAUCGCUGAACUGCCAGGCCUAUGGCGACUUUUGCAAGAAAUUGGACGUCAAGUACUUCCCGCAAUUCUCGCUGUAUCACAAUGGUGAAAGGGUGGAGGAGUUCACUGGAAAGAAGUCAAUGGAAGGUCUGAGCGAGUACGUUGAAGACAAACUUGAAUCGAUCAAGCCUGGGUCUCGUCCUGCCAAGGGAGUUAACCUACCGAAGCCCGGCGCCAAGGGCGUGGAUACGAAGGCUGAACCAGAGGUUCCUGCUGCUAAAGACAAGGACCCCGAGGCAGGCGCCAAGGCUGGUGAAAAGCACAAUGAGCAAGUUUCCGCCGAGGAUGCGUCUUCUGACAAAGCCGCUGCGUUGAAGGCCAAAACGAAACCGAAGGGAGGUCCAGCAAACCCUCAAGGAAUCUCUGUUCCCCUCACCGCCGAGAGCUUCCAGAAACUUGUCACGACCACACAGGAUCCAUGGUUUAUUAAGUUUUAUGCCCCAUGGUGCCAUCACUGCCAGGCACUUGCCCCUAACUGGCAGCAAAUGGCCAGGGAAAUGCAAAACGUCCUGAACGUCGGAGAAGUAAACUGUGACGCUGAGCCCAGACUUUGCAAAGAUGCUCAUGUAUCGGCCUUUCCCACAAUGUAUUUCUUCCGGGGCGGUGAGAGGGUUGAAUACAACGGCCUUCGGGGCCUAGGCGAUCUAGUCAACUAUGCCAAGAAGGCAGUUGACGUUGGCUUGGGUGUUCAGGACGUCGACGCCACUUCCUUCAAGGAGCUGGAGGAGAAGGAAGAAGUCAUCUUCUUGUAUUUCUACGACCACGCUACGACAUCGGAGGAUUUUGAGGCUCUGGAGCGCCUAACUCUUAGCUUGAUCGGCCAUGGACGAAUUGUAAAAACGAACAGCGCAGCCCUGGCUGAACGGUUCAAGAUUUCAACAUGGCCCCGCCUUCUUGUUGUCCGAGACGGUCGAGCCAACUACUAUACUCCGAUUGCUCCCAAGGACAUGCGAGACUUCCGACAGAUCUUGGGAUGGAUGCGCACCGUGUGGUUACCCAUCGUCCCCGAACUUACCGCCUCCAACGCUGGAGAAAUCAUGGAUGGCAGGUACGUGGUUCUCGGAAUCUUGAGCCGGGGACGCUCGGACGAAUUCUUGCAGUCAAAGAGGGAGCUGAAGAGCGCGGCUCUUGAAUGGAUGGACAAGCAAGUUCAGUUGUUCCAGUUGGAACGGGCAGAACUUCGGGACGCCAAACAGCUCCGCAUUGAGGAGGCUGAUGACCGUAACGACCAGCGCGCGUUGCGAGCUGCCAAGAACAUGCGCAUCACAAUCCGUGAAGAUGACAAGAAACAGGUUGGCUUCGCCUGGGUGGAUGGCGACUUCUGGGAACGGUGGUUGAGAAAUGCCUAUGGUAUUGAUGUGGCAAAUGGGGAACGAGUCAUUAUCAACGAUCACGAUAACCGACGGUACUGGGACUCAUCUUCUAGCGGGUCUCCCAUCCUGGCCUCACGUACUUCUAUUCUCGAAACUAUUCCUCUUGUGAUCGCCAACUCCCCUAAACUGACACCGAAGUCCACUGUUGGCACUUUUGAGUCUAUCUUUUUCUUCGCUCGGUCCUUCAUCGUCAACCACCCCAUACUCUUCGUUCUCAUCCUGAUCGUCUCCAUUGUUGGUGCGACAUUGUUGGCUCGAGCCAGGGGCCGUCGUGCCGGCCGCGGUGGCAUUCUCGGUGUCACUAACGGCAGCAAUGGUUUCUUUCACCUUGAUGGGAAAGAAGGUCUGCUGAAUGGCGGCUCAACCGGCAAGUUCUCUCAGACCCUUCGUCGUGCUGCGGCCCAGACUGCUGGUGCCUACCGCUCUCCUUUCGCUCCCAAGUACACUACUCCUCUCAACUUCCACGGUGUGACCGUUGGCGCUGCUACCAAGUAUGCCCAGAUUGCCGCUACUUUCGGUGCCAGCGCCGGUGUCUUCGCCAUCUUCUUCUUCGGUGAAGUUCCCCGUGUCCGCAACGAUAUCCUGCGUCAGCUUCCCUUCUUCGACCAGUACUUCGACCGCACCAUUGCCCCCGAGGACAACCCCUUCUAA